GAAACUGAACAAAACAAUGCAUUAAUUCACUUUAGACCAACACUAUCCUGGCAAUUUGUGGCAUUUUGGUGGAUGGAAUGUUGCGACUCCAUCAGGGAAAGAAGGAAGAGGAUUUCAUAACUUGCGAAAAUGUUGAUGUAUGUAGCAAGUUUCUGUUGUAAAUAAAUAUGAUCACAGACUUUUGCAGUACUCUUUGGGAUACAAGAAUUGAAAGUGAUGCAGUAUGUAGCGAUGGAUACGAUGUGUUGAACCUCAUCUCUCGGAAUAAGUUUGAAAAACACCGUGGCUUUUUAGCCGAACGAUUUGUCAAACCUGUUGUAUCGAUUUUAGUGAGCUUUCCUUUCCCGGUUGAUGUGAGUGUAAUCAAUGUAAAUCCACGAGUAGGUUGCCAAAAGGUUUGUGGCUUAGAGAUCUUAGCAGCUGGCUUGAGAUAUAAUCAGACGAACGACAAACUUUCUAAAUAUCAAAGCUAUGGUCAUGAUGAAUCUAAUGGAAGUCUUUUUCAUUUGUAUCAGUAUUCACUUAAUGUUAACAAUAUUAAGAAAGAUUUUGUAGGGUUUUAAGAAAUACUUAGAGUCAAGCUAGCCGAAAACAAAGUUGGUCAUUUUCGAAAUCACUGUUUUCAGCAGAAAACAGAUAAUGAUUUUGACAGCAAAAUCAUUAAAGAUCUAUCAUGUGUUCAAUGCUGUAAUCUAAAACAUGGACAAAGGCUUCAUAAUACAUCACAUUUGUGGAUACGCAUCACUCAAGUUCAUAAUAGUUCCAUUCCAUGCCUUGGGGCUUUAGAGGUUAUUGGUCGGCCAGCAAAGAACAAUAGUACAUUUGUCAUAAACUUUUCUAAAUUAAUUACCACAAAACUGCAGCAAGAGUGUGGGAAAUUAUUGCCAUCUUACAAACAUGACACAAGGGAAAAAAACCAAAUUCCACAGGUUCCUUCAAAAGUUGAUACAAAAGAUACUUCUUUACAAGCUGAUGCAAUACCUCUAGAAUUCAUUGAUCCAAUUACCUUUAAUAUAAUGUCAGUGCCCGUUCUUUUGCCCUCCGGAAACACUGUUGAUAAUACAACUUUAGAAAAGCAUAUCAAAUCGGAAAGCAGCUGGGGUCGACAGCCUAGUGAUCCUUUCACUGGUUUACCCAUAAGGACCAAGAUUGUACCGAAUAUCUCACUAAAAUAUCGAAUUGACAAUUAUAUUUUGUCAUCUCAAGUAAAUGUUGAUGAUCUUGGUCGAACUGUUGGCUCAUUAUCAGAUUUUAAGAGUACUGUGAGACUAAAAUAUGAUGCCAUUUGUGAAGAAGACAAGGUUUCUUUUAAGAGAAAAAGAAAAACAUUGCAUUCAAUCAUUGAACAUCAGCCAAAAAGACUUAAUAUGAGCUUAUCACAGCAAAACAAGAGAAUUGAAAUGGAAAAGCAACAAAGCAGUUUAGAUGAAACUCUAGACAACCUCCUUAGACAAAAUUCAACUAGGACUAGUACAAGAAUGAAGACUUCAUCGCUUGUUCAAUCCUUGUCAGGAAAUUUACAUGAAGAAUCCUCUACAGAAAACAUGCUUGUUACAAGCUCCGAAAAGCAAUGUGCUCAUCUGUCAGAUGCAUCAUUUCAAUUACCUUGUAUGCAUUCAUUAUGUAGAUCAUGCGUUGACUCUUCCCUUAAAAUGAAACAUUGUCUUCUUUGUAAUCAAAGUUUUGAGAGUAGACAUGUUGUUCGUGUUCAUCGAAAAAUGUAGGUAGUUUACUACUCAAGAAUUAUUAUUGUCCCAUUUACAUGAAUGCCUGAAGAUUGAUGAUUGGGGUCAUAUUCAUAAUGUUUAUCUGUUCAUAUGUACACAUGACAAAUUGUACAAUAUUGAAGAACAUCUUGGCUUUUAUUUUUAAAUAAACCGUCAACUAUCAAGGUAAUGAAGAAAUACUUCACAUUCUUCAAGACCUUUGUCAUUAUAUAUAAAAUGUUUAAAAACCAGCAGCAUCAUAUAAAAUAUUGUUUAUAUGGAAAUAGGACGUAGUUUGACAACCCAUUUGCUUCUCUUCAGUGUUAUGUAUAAUUUAUAUCUAGUGUUUAUAUCACUCCCAAGCACUAUUUUAAUUAGUUUCGUUUUUAGCAUGUUAAUUUUCAAGUGAUGUAGUUUUAUCUUCAUAUUUUUCGAUUUGUAUUCUUUUUAUUUUUCUUUUUAAGUAGUUAUAUUAUAUUUAGUUACUUUUAGAGGACCCCUCUGUAAACCACUUUUUAGUGAUGUUGGCAUCCUCAAUAAAGAUUAGCUAUUAUUAUUA